AUGGCAUCCGAAAAGAAACACGAGCGUUCCAGCUCGUCGGCAUCCGGUACCAACGUCGAACACGAUGACCUACCACAGACUAGCGUCGAUGGCUCGCGAGGUGCCUCUAAAAAUGAGCGACUGGAAGCAUCGAAGAAGCUUGCAAACCCCUUGGCCGGCCUCAGCUCCGAGCGACUAGGGGCUAUGGGGGUAGAAUACGCCAAAUUGGCCGGACUGACUAGCGACGAGGACAUGCGGGCAUUCCGCCUCGGCGCCAUGAUCGCCGGAGACAACACCCAAUACGACCAAAUCCCAGAGCUCACUGAGCGUGAGAGGGAAGUAUUAGAGAAGGAGACCACCCACAAGUGGUCGAACCCCAGUAUGCUUUACUGGGUCGUUAUCAUCUGCUCUCUUUGUGCCGCUGUCCAGGGUAUGGACGAGACGGUCGUCAAUGGCGCGCAAAUAUUCUACAAGGUUGCCUUCGGCAUUGGCACCAAGAGCGAGCGGGACACAUGGCUCGUCGGCCUCGUGAACGGCGCCCCGUACCUCUGCUGCGCAGUUUUGGGCUGUUGGCUCACCGACCCCAUGAACAGGGCCUUUGGCCGCCGUGGCACCAUCUUCAUCUCUUGCCUGGUCUCCGCCCUCGCCUGUUUCUGGCAAGCUUUCACGAACACCUGGUGGCACAUGUUCAUCGCCCGCUUCGUUCUCGGGAUCGGUAUCGGCCCCAAGUCUGCGACCACGCCUGUUUUUGCUGCUGAAUGCUCGCCCCCGAAACUCCGUGGUGCUCUUGUCAUGCAAUGGCAAAUGUGGACCGCUUUCGGCAUCAUGGUCGGGUACAUUGCUGAUUUGGCAUUUUACUUUGUCCCCGACAGUGGCAUCGAGCUUGGACUGAACUGGCGCUUGAUGAUGGGCUCGGCCAUGCUGCCCGCCAUCGUCGUUUGUAUGCUCGCCUACAAGUGCCCCGAAUCGCCGCGCUGGUACCUCACCAAGGACCGCCACCGCGACGCCUUCGACGCCGUCUGCCAGCUGCGCUUCGAGAAGGUUCAAGCCGCUCGCGACUUGUUCUACACCCACACCCUCCUCCAGACCGAAAAGCAGGCCAUGUCUAUCGGCUCCAAGAACCGCAUCCUGGAGCUGUUCACCGUCCGCCGCAACCGUAACGCCAUGAUUGCCAGCGAGAUCGUCAUGUUUAUGCAGCAGUUCUGUGGUGUCAACAUCAUCGCCUACUUUUCCUCUGAAAUCUUCCGCGAAGCCGGCUACCCGGACGUACCCGCCCUCGCCGCCUCCCUCGGCUUCGGCGUCAUCAACUGGCUCUUCGCGCUCCCCGCCUUCUACACCAUCGACACCUUCGGGCGGCGCAACCUGCUCCUGACCACCUUCCCGCUCAUGGCGCUCUUCAUGUUCUUCACGGGCUUCUCCUUCUGGAUCCCCGCCGACAGCACCGCCCACAUCGCCUGCAUCGCCCUCGGCAUCUACCUCUUCGGCAUGGUGUACUCGCCCGGCGAAGGGCCCGUGCCCUUCACCUACUCGGCCGAGGCCUACCCGCUGUACAUUCGCCCCAUCGGCAUGUCGCUCGCCACCGCCACCACCUGGUUCUUCAACUUCAUCCUGGCCGUCACCUGGCCCAGCAUGCUCGAGGCCUUCAAGCCCCAAGGCGGGUUCGGCUGGUACGCCGGCUGGAACAUUGUCGGGUUUUUCCUGGUCUUGUUCUUCGUCCCCGAGACUAAGGAGAAGACGCUCGAGGAGCUCGACAGUGUCUUUGAUGUGCCCCUGAGGCGCCAGGCUGCGUAUGGUGCGAGGCAGUUUGUGUAUUUCUGGCGCCGCUAUGUCUUCCGGCAGGACGUGGCUAAGCCGGUGCUGCCGCAUGAUGAGCCGGAUGGGUUCACGGUGGAGAAGGACACGGCGUUGAGGGAGAAGGUAGCGCCGAACGGCGGGGCUGCGUAG